ACGAGGCCUGUCUGGAAAAGCGGAAGAAGAGACAAACAAGACAGUGACAGCGGGUCGGCUUGGCGACGAGAGUCACCAAGAAAUCCAACAGGGCGAUACAUUCUUACGUGUUCACUUUCAGAAAGUGCCGGCGGGCCGUACACGGGUGGAACAUUAGCCGCUGUCUACAUUUAAUCAGAGAAUGUCGUUCCUCGGUAAGUUUUUCGGUACCGGGGGUAAGGGUGGGAAGCCGCCGACACCCCAGGAGGCUAUUCAACGACUCAGGGAAACGGAGGAGAUGCUGGCCAAGAAACAGGAGUUUCUGGAAAAGAAAAUCGAGCUGGAGCUCAUAACGGCGAAGAAGAACGGUACAAAAAACAAACGAGCGGCUCUUCAGGCCCUGAAGAGGAAGAAGCGUUAUGAGAAGCAGCUGGCUCAGAUCGACGGUACGCUGUCCACCAUCGAGUUACAGCGGGAGGCUCUGGAGGACGCCAACACCAACGUAGAGGUGUUCAAAAACAUGGGCAUGGCCGCCAAAGCCAUGAAGGCUGCUCACGAAAACAUGGACAUCGACAAAGUGGACGACUUGAUGGCUGAAAUCACGGAACAGCAGGAAGUGGCUCAGGAAAUCUCAGAUGUCAUCUCCAGGCCCGUUGGGAUUGGGGAGGAUUACGACGAGGAUGAACUCAUGGCUGAGCUGGAGGAGCUGGAACAGGAAGAGCUGGACCAAAAUCUUUUGGAGAUCGAGGGAACAGAAGACGUCCCACUGCCCAGUGUCCCAUCGACAUCGCUCCCAUCUAAACCAGCCAAGAAGAAAGCGCAAGAAGACGAGGACGACAUGGCGGACCUGGAAGCCUGGGCUGCUGCUAACUGAGCUAGCUCGCCCUGCUAGCCAGCUGUCAGCCCUCUCCUGCUCACCGUUCUGCUUCCAUGCUGGUUUAAACAUCUGGAAGAGAGAGAAAGACUCUGAGGCGGCUGCUGGGGUGCUGCUCUGUGUGAAAGCCUACAUCCCAACAUCUGACCCAACUCCAAACCUCUAGUUUCUGCAUGUGUGUGGACUCGGAUGAGACAAACUCAGGCUGUUCUCUUCUGAUUAACGGUACGGGAAAAGUCUCUCUGCUCCAGCUGUGCACUCCUCCUCUUAAGAGCAAAGACAAAAGCAGCCUGUGUGUGUCUGAGUGUGUGUCUGAGUGUGAGUGUGAGUGUGUGUGAGUGUAUGAAAAAGCCAGAAUCAGCACUUGGGUUUGUGAGGUUUGGUUCUGUUAGAAUGUGAAGUCAACAGCUGAGUGCAGGAAACUAGAAAACAAAACGACUGCCUUUUAAUGCUUCCUUUGUUUAAACCUCUGCUCUCUGUGCCAGAAUGAAAACCCACCUGCUAAACCAUGAAUCAGUAAACAUCAGUUAUUAGUUAAUGAGAAGGCUGGUUUACAAAUCAGGCCUUAGUAUGUUCUGUACAUUUGGGAUAAAAGAAGAGAUUCCAGGGUUCUACAUUCAUUCAUAUCCAGUUUCCAUUAGAAAUUUCCUGCUCACUGUUUGGAAUAUAUUAAGUUAAUUUACUAAUAAAAAGAUAUUUUCAGAAAACAA